CGGCGGCGUCACCGCCAUCGGGGCCCGCCCCUCUCGGCCUUCAGCGGGAGCUCCAGCUGCGGCCUCCGCUUUUCCCGGGGAUCUAACGCCCGGGAAGAGGAGGAAGAGGGGGGAGAUGGCGGCCCCGCCCGGCCGUUGGGUCCAGACCUUCCGCACCCCCGGUCGCCAUGGUUACGCCCUGGAGUUCUCCCCCUACCUGAGCGGCCGCCUGGCCUGUGCUGCCUCCCAGUACUACGGCAUCGCAGGUUCUGGGACACUAGUAGUGCUGGACCAAAAUGAAAGUGGUGUUGGUCUUUUCAGAAGUUUUGAGUGGAACGACGGCCUGUUCGACGUGACGUGGAGUGAGAACAACGAACACGUGCUGAUCACCUGUAGUGGAGAUGGGUCUCUGCAGCUGUGGGAUACGGCCAAAGCCACAGGCCCACUGCAGGUCUAUAGAGAACAUUCUCAAGAGGUUUACAGUGUUGACUGGAGUCAAACCAGGGGAGAACAGCUUGUGGUAUCCGGUUCGUGGGAUCAAACUGCCAAACUGUGGGAUCCAGCUGUUGGAAAAUCACUAUGCACUUUUAUAGGCCACGAAGGGGUCAUUUAUAGCACAAUCUGGUCUCCCCACAUCCCUGGUUGUUUUGCAUCUGCUUCAGGGGAUCAGACUCUAAGGGUUUGGGAUGUGAAGGCGGCAAGAGUGAAAAUUGUGAUCCCAGCUCAUCAAGCAGAAAUUUUGACCUGUGAUUGGUGCAAAUACAAUGAGAACUUGCUGGUAACAGGUGCUGUUGACUGUAGCUUGAAAGGUUGGGACUUGAGGAAUGUUCGACAACCUGUUUUCGAGCUUCUCGGCCAUUCGUAUGCUAUCCGAAGGGUAAAAUUUUCGCCAUUUCACGCUUCUUUGUUGGCCUCUUGUUCCUAUGAUUUUACUGUAAGAUUUUGGGACUUUUCCAAGCCUGAUCCUCUACUUGAAACAGUAGAACAUCACACAGAGUUUACAUGUGGGCUAGAUUUAAGUCUCGACAACCCAAAACAGGUGGCUGACUGUGCCUGGGAUGAAACCGUGAAGAUCUACACGCCUUCUUGCCUGAGUGUUCCUCUUUAGACUGCUGUGUGACGAGAGGCCAGGGGACGGGUUGAGGAAGUGCUUAGGAGCUGUCAGUGUGUAACCUAAUAUCGAUAAUGUGGCUUUUACCAGCUGCUCUGAUUUUAAAUAAUUAACAAUCCUUUUGAAGUUAGGAGGUGAAUUUUCAAUCUUAUUUGAACACGAUGGGUUGUUUGAUCGAGGUAUGUUAACGUAUUUUCCUUAUCUGAACGAAUAAAUAGAAUUUUGAUGUAUUUUUGAAAAUUCUGGUAACGUGUUCACUCUGCAGGAAGGUAAAAUGUGGUUCUAUCAACUGAAGGGCACUGAGUUGAAUUGAUAGUGGGUUUUUAUUUUUUUCCUGUAAUUCUUGCAUUAUUUUUCUGGUAAAAUAGAAAUAAUGAUGAUGAUGAAGAACGGUAAAUGUCAGACUUUGGAAUUAA